CCAUCAGAGUCCCUCGAUCGCAUCUUCUACAGGGCUGCCACGACCGGCAUUUGGGCUUGAGCCACACUGUCGAUUCAACAUUCGCAUUGCCAGCCGCUCUCCUCGAACACAGCUGGCCUACACAACCUCUCCGGCAACACAAAGCGGCAUUAGGCAUCUGAUUAUCCCAAAACAACACCUGACGUUCCGAUGAACAGCACCUCGGCCAUGGAAGGGGUCGCUGCAACACAUCCUCUCCACAGCGCCGGCCACGGCUCCAAUGCAGAUCCAAGCCAGGCAACUAUCUGGAACAGAGCCCUGCCCUACGACACCCUUCAUGACCAGGGCGUGUUGCUGGGCGAAAUCAAGACCGGGCUCGCCGUCUGUCUCGAGGCCGCAGACCACAUCGGAAUCAUCCACUGGGUGGUCCAGCUCAGCCAUUUUCUCGAUCUCAAGUACCGGCUCUCGUACCAGGACCGAGCCGUUUUCGUGCAGAUUUUCACCGAUCUGAUCGUCCUGCCCUCGGUCGACAGCGCUACGCUCGAGAAAUACAUAUCAAUCACCUGCAAGCUUCUCAAGAAAGACGAUCACAUACCCCCUGGAAUGCUGGUCGUGGAAUGGAGGCCCCUCUACGAAGUGACUCGCUCCAUGUUCUUUGGAAAGAGGCGAGAGGCUGUUCAGUGCGGCACGGGGAAGCACGCUGCUGGGUUGAUCAAGUUGAUGGGUCUGGUCAGAAGGUACUUCAAGCCCAGCACCACCGCCGAGGUCUUGGCCGAGUUCCUUCCAUGGAUCAACAUUCACGACUUUAACCGGAGCCUCGGCGCCCUUUCGUUCAUGUGCCUUCUGCUGCCCACACACGAGGCGCCGCCGCCCCCGGAUGGCUGGGACCCGAGCACCACUCCAAAGUUCUACUGGGUGCCGACUCUCUUUUCCCUGUGGCAGCUCGUGGCCCAUUCCCCCGCCUACGAUAUCGUAUAUAUGGAGAUUCUCGCGCGGCUGGCCGUGGACCAGAUCGCGACACCCUGGAAUGUCGGCUGGACGGCCGAGCAAGUGAAAUACGUCUUCAGCUGCGGCUUGAAAAACACCGAGGUUCCCGUCGGCAGCAGCACUGUAGCUUCGACCAACGUCUCGAUUGGCCAAGGCGGGUCAGCUGCGGGAGCAGCUGGAUUCAAGAUCGACGUUGCUGGCGGCGCAGCAGAACUCUUUGCAAGUUAUCGCAAGUCCAAAACAGAGAUCUUUGCGGCGUACAUUGUCAACACCAUGUAUCCGUCUCUGUCCAAAGUCGACGACUGUCCCGCAGCUCCCGCCACCAACAGCAUGUCCCAGCUAUCGAAGAUGAUGCAAGCCAUCGAGAGCUUCUACCACCCCUCCAAUACCGGCCGAUGGACCUUUGAUCUAGCCUGCUUCGCGCAGCAUCUCGCGAGCGAAUUCCUGAAGCGGGUGCGAAAAGAGCAACGCCCGGAUUGCAAGACCCCACAGGCUUUCUGCCUCACGACGGAGAUGAAGCGCGAGUUUGUCCUUAUCCUCCGCGGCGUGCUGUUCCUGAGCAUGUUUGGCAAGGACCGCUAUGCAGUCUCGGCCUCACAUACAGCACUGAAGCAUCUCGCGUGGAUUGAGCCAGAUCUGAUCAUCCCUGGACUCCUGGAGCGCGCAUACCCGGCGCUGGAGAACUUGACCGAGACACACCGUACCGUCUCGUGCAUCGGUGCCCUGUCUGCUCUGGCUCUCCCCCUCAUUUCUCGAUCGCACUAUCCGCAAGGCGCCAAGCACAUCGCCUCUCUCCUGCACCUCACAAUCCCUGGCAUCGACAUCAACGACCCGAUCAAGACGUUUUCGUCGCUCAUGUUCAUCAACCACGCAUCGAUGUGCAUCUCGUUUAUCGACAUGACCAAGGGAGCACCACUCGACUUUUCCGAUCCAUCGAUGGUGUCUGACGCAGACGAGCAGAAUGCUCUGUGCAGAGAAGCCACUGCCGAAUUCGAGCCCUGGCUGCUCAAGUUCCUCGACCGUGUUUUCAGCAUGUUUGAAAAUCUGCCUCAGCAAUACGCCAUCCGCACCGACAAGCAGACUCUCGAGACUUCGCUGAUUCAGAUGCUCUUGUAUUCCUGCGAGCGCGUGUUUUCGCAGCUCUCCGACGACCUGCACGCCGUCGCUCUGAAGAAGAUUGUCGAGUUUGUCGAGCUGAACGUUAUCCCCAACGCCACGUGUGCUAUCGGAUCGGUAUGUGCCUCGGUUUCUUACGGUGGCCGGGCCCGCGCCCUGUCCGUACUUCUCCCCCUCUGCGAACGCAAGAUUGUCUCGGAGCUCGCCGAGCACGGCGCCAGCUCCAUUUCGACCGGCGCGAACGCCUCGUCGGCAUCCUCGACGACACAGCACCCCUUUGGCUUUGCCACCAUGUCGGACUCGACAUUGCACUGGUACCAGUCGAUCAUGUACAGCAUCGUCCAGAACUCUGGCAGCAUCGUCCUUGACUACAAGGCGAGCCUGAUUCGUGUGCUAGACACGAGUUUCGAGCUGUGUCGAUCGCGGCGAGGCUACAAGUGGGCCGGCAGACUCUUGCGCAAUCUCCUCUGCUCCCUCACACACAUUUAUCCGCUGGAGGCCCGCAACGUAGAUCAGACUCAGUGGGACAGUCCAGAUUACUCCGAACACGCCUAUCAGUCUUGGGGCGAGCCAAGCGAUCUGGACAACAUCAAUGUCACCUGGCACGUUCCAAAUAAUGCCGAGCUGGACUUUGCGGUCGAACUAAUUGAUCGCUAUCUGCCUAUGGCAUUUGAGAAGCUGGAUGCAGCCGCUCACGCUGCGACAGAGUUGGCGCAUAUGAAGACCAACAAGGAGCAAAGCAAUGAGACACUCAAGUGGCUGUGCAUCCUGCGAUGUAUCUUGCAUGGAAUGACCGCCCUCGUCGACGACUACUCAGCAGAAAACCCUGCUCCAUCGGCCAAUGAGUUCCACGAGUUCAUCGAGCGCGAAGGCCAUCCGAUCGACGGACCGCCUUUGAGGCGCCAGACCGUGCAGAGCGGAUACUGCUUCCAGGACAAGAGUGAUCCCAGGAUGGCCAAGAUACUGCGCUAUCGCUCACAGGCGUCUGUCAAGCUGCUCGAGUACCUCCGAUUCCACCGAACUCACAACGAGGAUGAGAUCGAGUUGAUUAAAAUCGUCAUCAAGUGCUCCCGUAUCCUGUACACCGACCGCGGUGUCGACAAGACCCGAUACGACAACCUGCAGCGCGGCUACACCUACGGCAAGGCCUUUAUCAAAUCCGAAAGCGACGACAAAAAAUGGCGCCCACGCCACAUGCUCGUCAAGCGGGCCUACAUGCAGCACCUAUUCCGUCUGCGCCACAAUUCGUGCAGCGCCCAGCUCAAGCGCCACAAGAUCGACGGCGUUGAUGUCCUGGAACAGACCGUUCACGAGAUCUUGGAGUGCUGCCUGGGCAAGUACGCCAGCGUCCGCAAGAUUGCCCAGUCGGUUCUCACGCGCAUCGUCGUCUGCUUUACCAGUUUCCGAUGGACCGUGUUUCCAAAGCUGCUGCAUGAGCUCGAGAGCGAGUCCGCGGCGGGUGCCACGGGAGGAAAGGCUGCCGCAGCCGGACUGGCCAAAGCAUUGCUGGCACCAGCCACCGGCACGGACUCUCCCUUCCUCGACCCGCGACAUCUGCGAGCUCUUGCUGCAGACGCCAGCGGCAGCAGCAGUGGUGCCGAGAGCGAAGGAGAAUCCGAUCGGAUGAAGGGCGCUCUGUACCUGCUCAAGAGCGCGACGUUCAUCUCGCUGGGGCUCAAGUCCAUGAGCCUUCAAGCGGCGUUUAUGGUUGUGAUGUCGAAGGCACAGCAUCAGGAAAAGCCCACAAUCCAAGAACUGCUGCGCAAGGUGUACCGAGAGUUUGUCCUCAAGUAUUACACACUGCCGCUGCGCUAUAGCCCCGACAACAAACUGUCCAGACACAGCGAGUACGCCUCCUACCUGUUGCGGGGCUGCUCGAAUGGAGCGCCAAACGUCGCAUCCCUUGUUGCUGCCCUGGAAUUGAACAACACCGAGUCGAUCCAGUCUUACAACCAGCUGAUUCCUGACCUUCUCAAGAUCCUGAAGGACCCUCGUCUGCACUGGCGAUUCGCCACCAUUACCACGAGUCUCAUCGAGCUGGUUCUUCGCUCGGACCAGCCUAUCUCGAAGGAGCUGGCCGAGUUUGCGCUCAAUGGAGUCUGCAACGAGCUCCAGACCCUGCGCCGAGCCUCGCUCUCGACUCUGUCAAACAUACUGCUCAUCUUGAAGAAACGAUGUCCUCGCCCGCCGCGCAAGAUUCAAGUCCAAGUUGGCACCGAAUGGAAGGCCGAUGAUCCGGACGGCGCCUUCCAAGAUAAUGGACAGAUCGGCUGGUACUGCUGGCCAGAAAGCGUGGAAGUCUACCCAAUCAAUGUCGGCAGCAGCGAUGAACUUCCUUUCAGCGACCCGACCUCGUCUGAGGCCCAAGAUGCCAUCCAAGCAGCCCUGGGCAGCCCCGAGUUUUGGGAGAGAUUUAUCAAGUUCCAUGCGCAGGAAAAGGGCGGCGACAACGAGACCUUCAGCAACACGAUGGCGCAGUUCUACAAGGGCCUGUUCAUCAAUUUUGAAGAUAGGUUCCUGGACUUGCUCAAGCCCAAGAUCGAGGGCCUGUGCCAGUCUGCGAUGAAGAGCGAGCAGAGGGCCGGUGCCGAGAUCCUGUCGGGUCUGAUCCGCGGCAGCAAGCACUGGCCCACUGGCCCUGGUUCCAAGACCGAGAGGCUCUGGGCUUGGGUCGUACCCGUUAUCCGCAGCACGCUCGCAGGAUGCACAUCCGAGUGUCUCAAGCUGUGGGAUAACUUUUUGAAGUUUGUCAGUAGCGACCGGGAUCCGCGCCGAUUGAGACCUAUUCUCGACUGCGUGUUUGGCGCCGUAUUCGAUCCCACGUCGCAGUCAUUCUUUACUGAGGCCAAGAAGCUCUUCUUUGUGAGGACGGUGCUGGCGACCAUACACUGGCGCGCGCUGCCUCAUGUCCCGGCCCUGAUGCGGAGCUACAUGGGCCAUCUCGACAAUCCAUACAAACAAGUGCGCGAGCUGCUGGGCGCCAACAUCAACGAGAUCACCCAGAUCAUGUGGCGACCAGGAACACAGAACGUCGAUGCCCUGCUUGCUUGGAACGUUCAACACCCCAUGGACUUUACUAGCAUUGGCCUGUGCGGGUUCGAUGGCCAGCGACAUGCCGUGUGGGCGCAAAUGGAUGUCCUCGUAAAGGACGCCAUUGAGCAGCUCCGCAGGCUCCGAGCCGAGCAGGCAAAGGGGGAUCCUACCGCGCCGGCGUCGGUCCAGUACGUAAACGCCUCCAAGACGGUCCUGGCUUGGCUCGCGUACGGUCUGCGAUCCCAUCGCCCUCUCGGUCUUUAUCCCUACGCUGAAGAUUUGCUGACAGAGGUCCUGUACAUGCAAGACUGCCCCGACAAGGAUCUGCAGGAGCAGGCCGCUCAGCUCACGCAGAUGUUUGCUCAUCUGCCAUACCCGUCUCAGAGGGUGCCCGAGAUGAUCAAGCAUCUUACACAGUUGCUGGUGCAGCCACGAGGAGAUGCAGGCAGCGAGGCUGUGCAUCCGGUCGGCGCGGUGAGCUGGCACAUCAAAGUGCGUGCCCUACCGAUGCUCCAGGUGUUUUACUUUAAGCACCUGUUCCUCAUGCGCCCGGAGGCUGUAGCGAUGGUCAUGGAGGCGAUCUACGAGCUCUUGAUGGACCACCAGGUCGAGGUCCGACAGCUGGCGUCGGUGACCUUGUCGGGCUUGAUCCGCUGCUCACAGCGAGAUGCCAUCGUGGACAUCAAGGCUCGAUUCGACCGGCUACUAGAUAUCAAGCUGCCAUCCCGCCAGCGCGGGGCUCCGGCACCCCCGGGCUUCGCCGAGGCUGUUCUCCGUCGCCACUCGGCGGUCCUGGGACUCAGCGGAUUGGUGCAGGCUUUCCCAUACGAGGUCCCCAAAUGGAUGCCAUCGACGCUGGUGCGACUGGCGUCAUGCAUCACCGACCCCAAUCCCAUCUCGGUUACGGUCAAGAACAUGUUCUCGGACUUCCGCCGCACGCACCAAGACACCUGGCACGAGGAUAAGGAGCAGUUCAGCGAAGAUGAUCUGUACACGCUCUCGGAUCUCUUCAUAUCUCCAAGUUACUAUGCAUGAGCAAGCCGGGGUGAGCUUGUGGGUCCGACCAUGCCGGGCAAGAUUCACACAGUUUGUCUACCAAGAGCAGGACACUCGAAUCCGAGAGCGGGCGAUGAUGCAGUAUUCUGUCGUCUACAAUACAUGCUUAUGCACAGCUUACACGGUCAAUGG